UACCCUCAUACAAAAUGGCUGAAAGUUGUCAGCGGUAUAAAGACAAAGUAACUUUGAUUACUGGAGGGUCCAGUGGUAUCGGCAAAGGUUUAUUAGAAGUAUUCGUUCGACAUGGAUCUAAAGUAGUAUUUUGUUCCAAUGACGAAAAACAGGGUAAAGCUGUUGAGAAGGAAAUAAAUGCAGCAGGUUAUGGCGGCGAAACAACAUUUGUAUUUGCAGAUGUUACUAAGGAAACAGACGUCAAGCUUUUGGUACAAGAAACAAUAAACAAAUAUGGUUUAUUGAACUGCGUCAUCAACAAUGCCGGAUACCAUCCGCCAUACCAAACAAUAGAUGAUAUAUCCAAAGAGGAUUUUACUAAAUUAUUUGAUUUAAAUGUUGUUGGAUAUUUUCUGAUCUCUAAGUAUGCUUUACCACAUCUACGUAAAACUGAAGGCAAUAUCAUAAACAUUGCAAGUAUGGACGGCCAUCAUGCUGCGGGAGGAUCAACUAGUUAUGUUGCAACGAAAGGUGCUGUCCUAGCCAUGACAAGAGCACUAGCCAUUGACGAAGCGAAGUACAAUGUACGAGUAAACUCAAUUUCUCCUGGAGCUACAAGUUCUCCUCUCCUCUUAAAAAUGGUCGAUAUAUCUCCAGAUCCUGAACAACAGAUGCAGCGAUACAAAGAUGUUUCUGUGCUAGGAAGGAUUGGACAGCCUGAAGAGAUUGGGAUGACAGCGUUAUAUUUGUCAGCUGAUGCCACCUUUUGUACUGGGAUUGACAUUCAAGUGUCUGGAGGGACACCAUUGAACUAUGCUGAUAAAAAUAUGAGGAAGGAAAAGACACUGUUUAUCUGAAUUGUUUUGCUAGACAAACGAUGAACGAUCGAUUGAUAAAGUUUAACUAGCUUUGCACUUUUAAGAUAAUGUAAAAAAAAAAUACUGAAGA